AUGGCGCCAAACGUUUUCUGGAUCGGUCUUGGCAACAUGGGACGUGGCAUGGCCAAGAACAUCGCCGAGAAAGGUCAACUUGGCGGUCCUUUGGCUAUCUUUAACCGGUCCAAACAGCGAGCAGUUGAUCUAAGCGCGAACCUGCCCUCAGGGAAGUCGGAGGUGGCAGACUCCAUCGAGGCCGGCGUGGCAAAGGCCGAGAUCAUCUUCAUCUGCCUUGCGAAUGAUGCAGCUGUCACAGAGACAGUCAAUGCUAUCGUGAAGGCUGAUGUCAAAGGCAAGGUGGUCGUGGACUGCUCGACUAUCCACCCUGAUACUACCGAGGCAAUUGCGAAGACAAUAACGUCCAAGGGGGCGGAAUUCGUUGCGUGUCCGGUGUUCGGGGCGCCACCCAUGGCGGAUGCUGGUCAACUUGUGCCCGUACCUGCAGGUCCCAAGUCUGCUGUUGACAGAGUCAAGCCUUACCUUGAGGGUGUCACCUCACGUGCAAUUAUUGAUAUGAGCGACGAGCCAUAUAGCAAAGCAUCAACCCUCAAGCUGCUGGGCAACACUUUCAUCCUGAACAUGGUCGAGCAAGUCGCCGAGGGCCACGUCCUCGCUGAGAAGAGCGGGCUAGGAACACAGUACUCGCACAAGUUCAUUGAGCUUAUGAUGCCCGGCGUGUACCCUCCCUACUCGAACAGGAUGCUGAGCGGUGAUUACUGGAAGAGGCAAGAGCCUCUUUUCCAUGUAGACCUCGCCAGGAAAGACGCCGGGCACGCCUUGAAGAUCGCCAAGGACUCUGGGGUAAAGCUGGGGAAUCUCGAGGUAGCGGAUGCACAUCUGGCUAAAAUCCAGCAGCACACGGACAAUGGUGAUAUCGCGGGCAUCUACGGGGCCGUAAGACAGGAAAAUGGCCUCAAGUUCGAGAAUGAUGCUUAG